CAACAAGAAAAAUUAUUAAAAUUCAAAAUCUUUACAAAAAGGGCAUCGAUGAAUUUAGAAAUCAUUUCGGUAAUUUUAAUAAGUCGGGUCUAAAGUAUUGAUUCAAUGCUCUUUGUGUUUGGAUAUCGUGCUCAACAAAUUCGUUCUAAAAAACUUUCCGUGCUCAUUCAUAACUCAAUGCAAUUUCCUAAUGUAAACAGCUGCAAAGUUGCGGUUCACUUCCAACAAAUUGUUGAUAUGCCCGAUGGCACAUUCGAAUUCAUUCCAAACACUGAAAUUGUUGUGGCAAGAACUGCUUUUAAGAACAAUAGUUCCUUCUAUUCAAUUAAUGAUCGAGAAGUGAAGUUCAAAGAGGUCGCAAAACUUUUGCAAACUCACAACAUUGAUUUGUUGCACAAUCGCUUCCUGAUCCUUCAAGGCGAAGUCGAGUCGAUUGCUUUGAUGAAACCUAAAGCGAUAAAUUCUAAUGAGACGGGACUUUUGGAAUAUCUUGAAGACAUCAUUGGAACUGAACGCUACAAGAAGCCGCUCAUGUUAAUAAAUGAGCGACUUGAUAAACUCAAUGAUGAACGUACAGAGAAGCAUAACCGAUGCAGAUUGGCAGAUCGAGAAAUGAAAGAUUGGGAAUUGCCGAUGACACAAGCCGUUGAAUUCUUAAAGCUUGAAAAUCAAUUAUAUCAAGCCCAGAAUCUUCAUUGGCAACUUUACAUUUUCCACAAAAAGAAGGAAAUCGUCGAGCUUGAGGAAGUUAAAGAUGUUGCAAAACAAGCUUUAAAAGAGCACGACGAGAAGUAUGAAGAAUUUAAGAAGCUUCUGUUGGAGAAAGAGAAAAUUAUUAAAGAUGAAUUGAAUAAACACGACGAAUUAGUGUCGAAAUUGGAAGAGUGUAAAACACUUGAAGCAAAAGCACGUGAAACUUAUCAAAGAGUCGAUGCUAAAAUGAAAUCAACAAAUAAUCGGCGCAAGGAGCUUAAAAAACAAGUGGAAAGUGAUGAAAAGAAGUUAGAAGCGUUGGAGUCGCUUCCUGAACGCAAUAGGCAAGAAAUUGAAGAGAGUCAAAAGCAAAUCGAGCGUCUCAAUGUUGAGAAAAGUGAACUUGACACAAAACUCGCUGAGAAUAUGAAAACUCUUGUUCAUGAUACGAAAUCCUUGCGAGAUGAAAAAGAGCCUUUGGAACGGGAAUUAGGUGAGUUAAAGGCAGUGUUAGAUAAGAGAAAGGCAGAUUAUUCAGAAGCACAGAAAGAACUCGAAAUCAUUCAAAAAGAUGAAACUGCUGAAGUUCGUAAAUAUGAAUCUCUUCGCAAUUCUUUUGAGGAAUCUAAAGUCGAAUUGAAGAAAAUGAAAGACGCUUUCGUGGCUGCUCAAGAAAGUAUUCCUCAAAAUAAACGAGAACUCCAAGAAAAGCAACAAAACUUUGAGCAACUUCAAGAGGAGGAAACAAAGCUUGUCGCUGAAUUGAAGAAAGCUCGGUUGAAGUUUGAAGAAAAUCGCUUCAAUUUUCAAGCGGCACAAACAAACAAUCGAGUGUUAAAUGCUUUACUUAAAGAGAAACAAAAGGGAAAAAUUCCUGGAAUUUUAGGACGGCUUGGUGAUCUUGGAGCAAUCGAUGCUAAAUACGACGUUGCUAUAUCAACAUGUUGUUCAAGACUCGACAAUAUUGUUGUUGAAGACAUCGACACAGCCCAGCAAUGCAUCAACUUUUUGAAAGCGAACAACAUUGGACGCGCAACAUUCAUCGCAUUGGAGAAGGUUCAGCAUUUGAUGUCACAAGCAAAUAUCCAACGCCAAUACCCACAAAACGUUUCGCGUCUUUAUGAUUUAAUUCGAGUUGAAGAUGAACGUGUUUUGCCAGCAUUUUACUUCAGUUUAUUCGAAACAUUGAUUGCAAAUGAUAUGGAACAAGCACGUACAAUUGCUUACGGCCAAACACGUUAUCGAGUGGUGACACUUAAAGGCGAUGUGAUUGAAAAAUCGGGAACAAUGAGUGGUGGUGGAAAGACUCAAAUGAGAGGAAGAAUGGGGCAAAAAGUUCAAAUGAAAACAACCUCGCGAAAUUCAUUAUCGGAACAAGAUUUAGAGUCACUUUCGCAAUCUGCUCAACGCAUGCAAGGCGUGAUUAAUGAUUUGCAACGACAACAAGGAGUGUUAGACAAGGAAAUCAAAGAACUUGUUGAUUUGAUCCGAAAGAAAGAGUUGGAAGUGAGUCAUCUUCAGACUAAAGUGAAAUGUCUCAGUGAGCAAAUUCCUCGCUUGGAGUAUCAAGUCAAUAAACAGAAGGAGAGAGCUGAUGCUACUAAAUCAGAUCCAGCCAAGACAGCUGCUUUAAAUGCCAAAGUCGAAGAGUGCAAAGUUGACUUUGAAAACAAGGAAAGCGAGGUUGAUGCGAUUGAUACGAAAGUCAAAGCAUUGAAUAAACAAAUCAAAGAAAUAUCGGAUAAGAAAGUCAAAGAAGUAAAAAUGAAGAUUGAAAAGUUGGAAAAGCAAAUAGAAAAGCUCGCAUCAAAUGUUAAUAAACUCACUGUCGAAAUCAACACAUCUGAUCGUAAUUUAAAGAAAGCAACAGAACGAAUUGAAAGCACAAAACAAGAAAUUACUGAAGCUGAGAAUUCAAUGCGAGCCAUGGCUGAAGAACGUGAACAAAUCAAAACGGACAUCGAAGAUUUGAAGGAGCGAAUGGAAAGUUUGGGAAAAGAAAUUGAAAACGCAUCAGGCGACUCAUCAUCUAUUAAGAAGGAAAUCGCAAAGCUUCAAAAAGAAGAAGCUGAUGGAAAAAUCAAACGAUUAGAAUUGGACGAUAAGUUGAAGGCAGCCGAAAAGAAUCUGAAAGAACAAAGCGCAAGAAUUCCCGCAUGGGAAAAUAAAAUUAAAUCCUUGAAGCUUCAUGAUAUUCCUAAUAAAACGACACCGGAUCCUCAAUUCAAGACAUUCAGUGAUGAUGAAUUGAUAAAGAAAAGUCUUGAUGAUGUUAAAUAUGAAAUCACAACAAUUGAGGAAAAACUUGUGUUGAACAAACCAAAUCUUUCCGCCAUUGAAGAGUACAAUAAAAAGCAAACGAUUUAUGUAGAGCGCAUUAAGAACCUCGAAGAUGUCACAAUGAAACGUGACGAAAUGCGCAACGCACUUGAUAAUGUUAAGAAGAAGCGUUUUACAGAAUUUUCACAAGGCUUUCAAAUUAUUAGCCGCAAAUUGAAGGAAAUGUAUCAGAUGAUUACUUUGGGAGGUGAUGCUGAACUUGAGCUUGUUGAUUCGAUGGAUCCGUUUACAGAAGGAGUCGUGUUCUCAGUUCGACCACCGAAAAAGAGUUGGAAAGUCAUUACGAACCUUUCAGGUGGCGAGAAAACUCUUUCAUCGCUUGCCCUCGUGUUUGCUCUUCAUUAUUACAAACCUUCGCCUUUAUAUUUUAUGGAUGAGAUUGAUGCAGCUUUGGACUUUAAGAAUGUUUCAAUUGUUGCUAAUUACAUCAACGAACGUACGAAGAAUGCUCAAUUUAUCAUCAUUUCGCUUCGAUCAAACCUAUUUGAGGUUGCUGAUCACCUUGUUGGAAUCUAUAAAGUCAAGGAUUGUACAAAAUCAGUAACAAUUGAAAAUGUCGAUAAGCAACGUGUUGCUGGAGUCAACAAGGAAAAUGAUCGUGGUGACAAGGAAAAUCAACAAUCAACUUCAAUUAAUGAACCGUCAAUGGUCAAAGAGACAAACAAUUCUCAGUCAAUGUCAGUUGUGGAUCAAUCAAUGCCUUCACAUCUUCCUUUAAAUGAUGAAUCUUUGGAGAAAUCUCCACAAUAAUUUUAAGUUUUUUGCUUUAUUCUUUAAAUUUAGUUUUGGUUCAUUUUCAUGAAUAUUUCUGUAAUAAAAGCAAAACCUGAAAUAAACAUUUCUCUUGUUCCAUUCGUUAUCUGAA